ACUGCCUUUAAAAAAAUUGAGCUUUACACAGCCACAUCAGCAUUGAGAUUAGAUGAGGAGAUAAGCGAGCUCGGUUUAAAAGGAGGGGCAAACUUUGAGUACGACACUUCUUGCUGCAGACUUGUCCAGCUCACCCUCACAGCCACCAUGACUUUCAACGGCAACUGGAAGAUUGAACGCAAUGAAGACUAUGAGAAAUUCAUGGAAAAAAUGGGAAUUAACAUGGUGAAGAGGAAGCUGGCUUCUCACGACAACCUCAAGAUAACCAUUGAACAGACUGGAGACAAGUUUCACGUCAAGGAGACCAGCGCCUUCCGCACCCUGGAAAUAGACUUCACCCUGGGGGUCACCUUCGAGUACAGCCUGGCCGACGGAACAGAACUAUCAGGUUCAUGGGCCAUGGAGGGAGACAUGUUGAAGGGGGUCUUCAACAGGAAGGACAACGGAAAGCCACUGACAACAACCAGAAUCGUCCAAGGAGAUGAACUUAUACAGAGCUACAACUACGAGGGCGUGGACGCAAAGAGGAUUUUCAAGAAGUAUUAGACCAAACUAAUCAACAUACCUUGAAAAUAAGAUGUUUGACAUCAUGAUUACAUACAGUAUUGUGUUGAAUUUCAUUUUCUUAUACCAACACAUCCUGUAAAACAAGCACUACUUGUAAUGCCCAGAAAGUUUAUGAAACAUAUUUGAAUGUCUCGUGAUUUUGAUACUUGCAGUAAUAAAGCCAUACUGUACCUACCUUU